CUGGAAGUGUGUUGAAGUGCAAGAACAGUUUUUGUUUCGUGUUGUCCGGCAGUCAAACAACACCACGAAUGAGCAACCCUCUAAAGAAUUCCCGGCUUCGCGUGAUUUCAACAUUUCAACUGCUCACAAAUUCAGUCCUACAAGCAGACCAACACACCACACCACAACCAACACAAAGCAAAGCAACAUGACUUUCAAGCUAUUCACCAACAGGAGGUCUGUCCUCGCGGAGGAAACCAUUGUGCAAAAGACACAGAAAGGAAAGACAAGGCGAAGGCUCCUUGCUCUGUUCAAUGGCGACAAGAAGAAGCACUCUACUGAAGCAACAAAGCUUUUGGGCGGCAAGUACCUUUCGAAGAAAGCCAUGAGCUUGCGAAGCAUCGACACCAGUGAAAACUCAGACUCGGAGACUGCAACAAGCUGGAAAAGCUGUUCCAGUCAAGAGUAUAGACGACCAAAACUAUCUUAUGAGGAUCGACAAAAGGAAUGGGGUAAGGCCGUGGCACAGUCAAAGCGACUACCGUCGACUGCCCACUUUAGCAACAAUAUCAUCAUGGUCAACAAGGAAAGGACAAAGCGUACUAUCCCUGCUAUAUCACGAUCAAGCCACUUGGAUGCAGUGGCCAGGUGGCACGCAGAAGUUAUGGCAUUAGAAGGUGCAGUCCGACACUCCAACCCCGCAGAACUUCAAACCAAACUCGCUGAUGAUACCUGCACUUUCCUCGGCGAGAAUGUAGCAGCGGGAACAUCCAUCCGAACAAUGCACCAACAAAUGGUAGACAACGUUGGUGAUCUUCGGAACAUGACUGACAACCGCUACAAGGAAAUGGGAUGUGGCACCGCCCGAGGUGCAGACGGAGAACUGUAUUUGUGCCAAAUCUUCCGAGGCUGAUCUAGCUUCAUACUUCCUUCCGGUAGCGUACCGGCACAAAUACUCGUACCUUUAGCAUAACGAACUAUAGAUGACGACUACCC